CACCCUCCACUGUUCUCUCUCUGGGACAGUGUUUGCCUGUGCCAUAGCUGUGCGCAGACCUUCAUUCUCAAUGAGAGCAAGGACAGACGCAGACCAAGAGUCAGAGUCAGAGAGGGGGAGAAUGGAGGGCAUGAACCUACAGAGGGGCCACAACUGAGACGCCGAGCCGGGUCUUACCUGCACAUCCUGGACCACCGACUGAACACACUGACACAGCUUGUUUGGUGAUAAAGAGAGGAAGAACCAUGGGACCCGGAACAUGGAGCCUAUUUGUUCUGCUUGGUUUGGCCCUCUGGAGCAACAGCCAGGCCCUCACCAGGCCUCACCCCAUUCUGUCGCGGGUACGAAGGGCUCCCGAGGCCAACGGAGAAAACAAGAAGUGCUCUUACACCUUCCUGGUCCCUGAACAGAAGAUCACUGGCCCCAUCUGUGCUGCGCGGGGUUACUCCACCGACAAGGACCGAGUGACGCGUUUGGACGUGGCUUCAGUGCGCGACCUUCUGUCAAAGCAGCGUCGGGAGAUGGAGACCUUGAAGCUGGUGGUUGACGUGGACGGCAACCUGGUAAACGAGAUGAAGCUGUUGAGGAAAGAGAGCAGGAACAUGAACUCCAGGGUGACCCAGCUCUACAUGCAGCUGCUGCAUGAGAUCAUCCGGAAGAGGGACAACUCACUGGAGCUGGCGCAGCUGGAGACACGCAUCCUCAAUGCCACCACUGAGUCACUACGUCUGGCCUCCAGGUACAGGGAACUGGAGACCAAAUAUGCAGCCCUGUCGGCCGUGGUGAACAACCAGUCGGUGCUGAUUGGGGCACUGGAAGAGCGCUGCAUGCAGGUGUACAGUCGCAGGCACGAGCAUCCGCCCCAGGGACCUCCCCUUGUGCAGGUGGUGCCUGAAAACAUUCCUGUCAAUGUGCCACGUUUCACCAAUGAGAUCCAGAGGGACAACACCCGGGGGUUUGUCCGGGAAAGGGGCUCUCGCUCUGGGCCAUCACCCACAGGUGGUACACUGGAAGUCCAGAAACCUCCUCAGAGAAACUUCAGUUCUGAAGGCCCGUUCAGAGACUGCCUCGGGGCGCAGGAGGCGGGCCACAGCACCAGCGGCAUGUACCUGAUCCGGCCAGACGAAGCAGAGAGGCCGGUGCAGGUCUGGUGUGAACAGGACAUAGACAACGGCGGCUGGACUGUUAUCCAGACCAGGAGAGACGGCUCCGUCAACUUCUUCAGGAACUGGGAUAACUACAAGAGCGGCUUUGGCAACAUAGACGGGGAGUACUGGCUUGGUCUGGAAGGCAUCUACAAUUUGGGGAGGCAAGGGGACUACAAGCUGCUGGUGGAGCUGGAGGACUGGAUGGGCAAAAAGGUCUACGCCCAGUACAGCAGCUUCCACCUGGAGCCAGAGAGCGAGCACUACCGUCUGCGGCUGGGCACCUACCAGGGCAACGCCGGGGACUCCCUCAGCAGCCACAAUGGCAAACAGUUCACGACUCUGGAUCGAGACAAGGACGCCUUCUCAGGUAACUGUGCCCACUUCCACAAAGGGGGCUGGUGGUACAACGCUUGCGGCCAAGCCAAUCUCAACGGUGUCUGGUACACCGGAGGCGUCUACCGCAGCAAGUUCCAAGACGGGAUCUUCUGGGCCGACUACGGUGGAGGCUUCUACUCCAUGAAAACUGUCCGCAUGAUGAUCAGGCCCAUAGACUGAGGAGACAUUGUAUAAGCCAGCAGGCCGGUACACGGGCAGCUGCGGAGGCCACACUUGAACCUCAUUCUAAGUCUUGACUAUAUGUCAUCAGCAACUGUUUGAUCUAAGAUAAAAAAAAGAAAAAGAAAAAAGAACUGGACCAUCAGUACCGACUUGAAACGCCUCCUGUCACAGACAAAGACUCAUUUUGAACAUUGUUCUCUUUAAACAGUAUAUAACAGAUGCACACGUAGAGGGAUUUAGGAGCCAUAACUAUUUAUAGCAAGCCAUACAAUGCCAGAUAAAUAUGAUAGUGAGGGGAUAUUGCCAACAUUUUGCAGUUCAAUAAUGCAAAGUCGUCUGCAUGAUUAAGAAACCACAGUGUUUUCCUUGUUACUAGGUCGCCCCCCACGGAGUGGAGGCACCACAUCCACGCCGAACUUCGCCGGUAUUGAUUUCAUUCAUAAGCUCAAGCGUCACAGGAUCUGAAUGCAUCUCUUCCUACCUCGCCGAGAUAAACGUCCAGGGGAAAGACUCCAGCAAGGGAUUUAAAUUGUGCUGUAUGUGCUGGGAGCUGGAAAAUAUAUUGUGUUAAUGUACCUAUGUAGAUUUAUACAGACGCCGUAUCCGAUUACAGAUCUAAAAAAUACUGAUGGUUUGAAUACAUGUUUAUUUUAUUUUUACUCUCUACACUUGAUAUAUCCUUUAUGCUGUAUGUUAAACUACUUCGUCCUAGUAUAGAUGACCAGAAACUAUAAUUUAUGUGUGCAAUGAACUUAUCAUAAUAGUGAAAAGGGACAGGUAUCCUGAGGAAAACGUGAAAGAAAAAGAGGACUAAUUUCCUUGACUGUAUGUGUGACAGUAUUCUCAAAGUGUGCUUGCAAAUUGCUCUUGAUGUUUAUCUCAUUAGGGCCAUUGAUUAGAUUUCAGUAUGAUUCUGGGAAAAACAAACAAUGUUGAGAGGAAGAAGAAGAAGAAAAAUGAAAAAAGACGAAAUUAUAUUUUGUUUUGAGUGGUUUUGGAGCAUGAAAAAUAUGCCGACCAAGCGUGCUGAGAGUUAUAGGCAUCGGGACAGACAACGAGAAACACAUUGCUGAAAGCCAGACAGGACGGGAGAAAGAAAAAGAAAGAAGAGAGGAAAGGAGGGGAGGGAGGAGAUGAACUGGGGUGGCAUCUGUCCAAAUUUCCGAGUUACCACCCCCCCCCCCGCCGCCCCCCCGUCUCUUCCUUUUUAAAUACAGAGAAAUUUACAUUCUUUCCACACAAAAGUGCUGUGAACUGAGUGUUUUCAUAGAAAGUAUCUUUCAUUGACGAAGCCAUGGAUUCCUGCAAUCCCCAUAUGGAAGGAAAUCGGUAUACUUGCGGGGGGAAGAGCUCUCCGGCAGAGGAGAGGGGAGUGGGUUAAGGUUUUCAACUGGUUGCAUCCACACACACACACACACACACACACACACACGAAAGACCAACCAGCCUUUGGUCUCUGAGCUGAAAAUAGACUCAUAAUCUGUUGUUUUUUCCUGUUGUCCACAAAAAGCCCCAACACCCAUCUCUUUUUACAUUCUUACGUAUAAACAACCCGAGCCGAAAAGGCACAGAGACUGGUCGAACCCAGCUGGACAUGUAAACAUGUUUGUGGACAAAAAAAACAACAAAAAAAACGGCCUCAAAUAAAAAAUGACAACGUUAAAAUUAAACGGCAAUAAAAGCUGAAGGCAAUGACUCACAAUACUUGGCAGAACAAUAUGACACGGCUAAGGGUCAAUACGUGCAUGAAAUUUGGGGGAACUUCAGGGGAUGACUGGUUCACAGGGAGCUCGUUUCACGUGCUGUAGUUUUAUGAUAUUAUAACAUUAAAGUUUUUUAUGUUA